UGGGGGGACCGAGGGUGCGCAGGAGGGCUGGGAAAGUUGGGGGCAGUCACCCCUCCCAGCUCCCUCCCUCUCCUCCCCACUUCUUGCCCAGCAGGAAGUGGGAGCCAGGACCAGCAAAGUUGAGAGAGCAGGGAAGGCCCCAUCCGACUGACAGACAAAGUUUGACCACAAGAGGAAGUGGCUCUGAGCGAGCCCUGGGAGGGAGCCGGCCGGCCGGCCUGAGCAGGGGGGCACCCUCUGCCCACCUCCCUCCCCAGCCCAGCCCCUGGGCAGCAGAGAAGCCCCUGAGGUGCCUUCCCCCAGGAGAACGCCCCCACCCCACCCCCAGCCACCCCAAGACUGCCAGCUUCCGGAGCCGGCCCCAGGAGGAAGCUCCCGGGGAAAACAACUCUGAAGUUGGCCAGAGGCACCGCCCCGGCUGCUGCUGCUGCUGCUGCUGCUGCUAUUGCUGCGGGCACCACCUCCCCGCCCCCAGCCCUGGCAUCCAGACCAAGGGCCACCCAAGGCAGGCCAUGGGGCCCCGGCAGUGGGGCUGCCCCAUGGGGCAGGAUAGAUCCUGAGGGCCACAGGCAGCACUGCCAUCCUGAAGAGUAGGAGACCUGACCCCCUUCAGACGAGCCAGGAUGUCCCCUGCCCUCUUCCUCUUCCUCUUCCUCCUAGUUCUCCCAGGAGGCAGUGGUGCCCAUCUGGACCGAACUCCCUUUCCAAAUCCCGCCUGCAGGGACCCUCCUGCCGUGCUCUCCAGUGUCCAGGGGAUCCUGCAAUGGCCUCAAGGCCGGGAAAGCCGCCUCCUUCCUAUCGCUUGCAUCUGGGUCAUCGUGGGCAGCAAGGAGCAGACAGUGACCAUCAGGUUCCAGAAGUUGCAUCUGGCAUGUGGCUCCGAGCGCCUGAUGCUACAGUCCUCCUUCCAGCCGCUUAUUUCCCUGUGUGAAGCACCUUCCAACCCACUCCGGUUCUCUGGGGGCAAUGUCACCAUCACCUACAGCUACGCUGGGAAUGGCCGGCCACUCGGACAGGGCUUUCUGCUUUCCUAUAUGCUAGAUCGAUUCAUCUGCCUCCGGGAAGAGUUCCGAUGCCUGAACCGCAGAUGUGUGCCAAGGGUCCAGCGCUGCGAUGGGGUGGAUAACUGCGGCGACCAAUCUGAUGAGACUGACUGCAGCCCAAGCCUUUUCCAUAGCUUGACCGCCAUUCCUACCCCUGCCUGCAACCGUACCUUGGAAGACUUCUACGGCGUCUUUUCUUCCCCGGGCUAUUCCCUCUCUGCUCUGUACCCAACCCCUCACUCCUGCCUCUGGCUGCUGGAUCCCCACGACGGGCGAAGGCUGAUCGUGCGUUUCAGCAGCCUAGAGCUAGGCAAGUGGGAUUCAGUGCACGUGUACGAUGGUCCUGGACCUCCAGAUCCUUCUCACCUGCUCCGAAGCCUCAACUAUUUCAGCAAUGGCAAAGCCAUCAUGGUGGAGACGCUCUCGGGCAAGGCGACGGUGACCUACCACGUGGGGCCGUGGAGCAAGGGUGGGUUCAAUGCCACCUACCACGUGAAAGGCUACUGUCUGCCCUGGGACCGGCCUUGCGGUGCCGGCUCUGGAGAGGGUCCUGGGGAGGGCCCAGGAGAGGGCUGCUACAGCGAAGCCCAGCGGUGCAAUGGGAUCUGGGACUGUGCCGACGGCACGGACGAAAAAGACUGUCCCGGAUGCCUGCCUGGGCGCUACCCCUGUGGGGCACCCGGAACGCCUGGCGCCAUGGCCUGCUACCCAUCUGCCGAUCGCUGCAACUACCAGACGUUCUGCGUGAAUGGGGCAGAUGAGCAGCAGUGCCGUCACUGCCAGCCGGGCAACUUCCGGUGCAGGGAUGAUCGGUGCGUGUAUGAAACGUGGGUGUGUGAUGGGCAGCCCGACUGCUCCGACGGCAGCGACGAAUGGGACUGUGCCUACGCCCUGCCCCGAAAAGUCAUCACGGCCGCGGUGAUCGGCAGCCUGAUCUGCGGCCUGCUGCUCGUCAUUGCCCUGGGGUGCACCUGCAAACUCUACGCCAUCCGCACACAAGAAUACAGCAUCUUUGCCCCCCUUUCAAGAGUGGAGGCCGAGAUUGUGCAGCAGCAAGCGCCUCCAUCCUAUGGCCAGCUUAUUGCUCAAGGUGCCAUCCCGCCUGUGGAUGACUUUCCCACCGAGAACCCCAAUGAUAAUUCAGUGCUGGGGAACCUUCGAUCUCUGCUACAAAUCCUGCGCCAGGAUGUGUCUUCAGGGGGCUCAUCGGGGGCUCGCCGUCGCCAACGAGGCAGAUCUGCACGACGACUGGUCCGCCGCCUCCGUCGUUGGGGCUUGCUUCCCCGUGCAAAUCCCCCUUCCAGGGCCCCGGACUCCAGCCUCCAGACUGCAUCUGCCCCAUCUACCUCUGAUGCCCCAGAGGGCAGUCAGGGGACUCCUUUAGAAGGAGCAAUGGGUGGGCGAGAUCCAGAGGAGGCCCCUCCACUGCCUGUGAAGGUGUCCCUUUCUUCUACCAACGCCCCCUGCGUACCCCCUGAAGACCCACCCCCUCCAAUCACCCCCCCUCCACCUCCAUCAUCAUCCCUGUUGUCUGGGGUGGUACAGGCCCUUCGUGGCCGCCUCAUGCCCAGUCUCCGGUCCCCUACUCCCCCCCAAGCUACACCAGACCCUCGAACAGUGCCCCCAUCCCAGGAAGAUGAGGAUGACGUGCUGCUGCUCCCUCUGGCAGAACCCGGGCCCUGGGUAGGUGAGGAGGAUGAGCCACUGCUGACCUAAAUCUCCAUGGCCAUAGUCCUUUCCUCAGGCAGCCCAGGGAGGACACUCUGUUGCAGCCUUCUCUACUCUGAAUGCCUGGGGGCAUCACCCCUGCACCAGGCCUGAGGAGAUGCCAAAUGAUACUCUCCCUUUCGCACCCUGCCCAAAGCCAUGUAGCUACCAGUCAUGCUGAGUGUCCCAGGGUUAAUGGGGCCCCUGACUCUGUUCCCUCACCCUACCACUCCCAGGGCAGUGCCCGCCUCAUCCUGAAUAAGGGGCCUAUACAGAGUUCCUAACUAAAGGCCAAAGAUGGGUGGUGUUCCCUGGCCUAUCUCAGAGUUUGGGGCUAUUCAAAAACAAGUUAAAGCGAGUGAGCUUUCAAAGGGUCAGAUGGCAAGACACUCCUCCCUGGAUGAUUCUUUCCUACCCUAACCAGAGCUCUUGAAGCAGAGAGACACCCCAUUGUGCAAUCAGCUCUAUAGCCCUCAAGGGAAAGGGUUUGGGUAGGACCUCGAACUCUGCUGUCUAGGGGACAUGCACUGGUUCUUAUUCACCAAGAAAUGAAGAAAAUAAAAUAGCUAAAAAAAAGUC